CGGGCGGUCGGCGCCCCUGCCCCUGCCCCGGCAGCGCCGGGACUGAAGACAAAGGCCUCGGGGUGGUGGGAGAAGGGCGGCCGAAGCGAGGCCUUCGGAACCGAGCCCGCGGGUCACGGUACCCAACGAGACCCGUUAUCCUUGUCACAUUAGAGAGCCAUUUAUUUCUUUGAAAGGCAGAGUUAGAGACGGAGCGCCCCUCCCGGCCGCCGGUUCCGUCCACGCAGGAUGCCCCGGGCCCAGCCGCUGCUGCGGCGCCGCGUGGUUCCGCGUCCCGCGCUCUCGCGAGCAGCGCUGUGCAGCACGUGGUUGAGCGGCCGCGCCUUCCCUGAGCAACUUCUAGAAGGGGAAUCUCUGGGGAAAGGGAACUCGCCCCUGGGAACACCCCGCGGUGGCCCCCUGCUCUUCCUGCAUCCGGGUCUCCCACGUGGCGGGCGCUUCCGGGUGCUGCUGCGCCUGCGCCGUGUGCCGUCCGCGCUAGAGGCCUGGGCCCUGCUGGCUCCUGUGGCCGCCACGCGUCCGCUUAGAGCCCACGCGUGUCCCCUCUCCUGCCUCCCCACUGCCCUCGGGGAGACCCCUUCCCUCGCAGCCCCUCCUCCCUGGCCGCCUCCAGCACUGUCGCCCCUGCCUGGAGACCCUGCCCCUCACCCUCACCGGGGCCUCUCGCAGGGCCCCAGCCCCCUGCCCGCUCGCCCGCUGAGCAGCACCCUCCCCUUUUUGUUUCUGCAAGCUCCCUGCCCCAGUGCUGGGAGCUGGGAACUCAGUCCAGGCCCCGACCCGGAGCCCGCAGUAGCCUGGAAGCCGGCCCAGAGCCCGCGCCGGACUUGGCGCCCAGGGCUCUGCCAUGGCCGCUGGCCCGCAGCUCUGCGCUCACGUUUAUUUGGGGGCUCAGUGGGUCCACGCUGUGCUCCCAGCCCGGGAGCGUCGACACGGUGCACACCGCAGCGCCCACGGCGUCCGGCUCCCGCUCCUGUGCCUGCCCGGCGUCCGGCUCCCGCUCCUGUGCCUGCCCGGUUGGCAUCCUCACUGCUGCUGGAUUGCUGCAGGCACUGCGGCCUAAGGCAGGCGGCGCCGCAGAGGAGCUGGGGAACGGGCUUCCUCUCACGUGCGUUUGUGGCUGUGGACAGAGGGACCGGCGGCUCUGGUGCGCCGAGGGCCAAUCACCUGGCCCUUCCAAGCUUGCGCGCCUCCCGUCUGUUUCUGCAGAGAGACAAAGAGAGGAGAAUUUUCCACCCCCACCCCUUCCCUGUGUCUCUGCACAGUUGGGUCCCUGAAGAAUCACCAGGAGGUAGACAUGAACGUGGUGAAGAUCUGCUUCCAGGCCUCAUACCAGAACCAGCAGGGGCAGAUGCGCCACAUGGACCCCGUGCUCUCCGAGCCCAUCUACAACAAGAGUGAGUGGCGGCCGCUGUCCCGGGGCCCAUGCGCAGGGACGGACACACAGGCAGUGGCCAGUUCCUAGAAAUACUUACUUAGUUCUUUAAGAAGCAGAAUGAGGGAGAGGGAGGGAGAAAGAGAGAGAGAUCUGUCUGCCGGUUCACUCUGCAAAUGGCUGCAAGAGCCAGGGCUGGGCCAGGCGGGUCUCCAGUGUGGGUGACAGGGGCCCCAUACAGGUCUCCUAUGUGGGUGCGGGGAACCCAUCAAGGUCUCCACCCAGGUCUCCCAUGUGGGUAGAAGGGGCUCCAUCCCAGUCUCCCGUCUGGGUGUAGGGCCUGUAUCUGGGUCUCCCGUGUGGGUGCUGGGGCCCCAUCCGGGUCUCCCUUAUGAGUGCAGGGGCCCGGGCACUGGGGCAUCAUCCACUCCUUCCCAGGCCCUUGGCAAGGAGCAGGAUCAGAAGUGGAGCAGCAGGGACUUGAACCUGUGAGGACUUCCCGAGCAGAGGCUCCGCCCUCUGCGACAAAACCCUACCCUAGCUUCUUCUGUGGAGACAGUAACGUGUUUCUCAGAACCCGCGGCAGGCUCGGCCUUGUCCCACUCGUGGGAACUUGUCUCAUGGUGACUCCUAGCUACAGGGAGUCUGGGAAAGUGAGUCCAGGGAGGGGCCCGGGUGUGGACAAGGGCACCGGCUCCCCAGGGAGUGCCACAGGCAAACAAGAGCAGGGGUGCAUUCAGGGAUUUCAAAGUGCAGCUGAGAGAGCAGCAGCCCAGGUGGGCAUAGGGGGCAGGGGGGCUCUCUUCAAGGUGAGCUUAGGGGGCAGGGGGCUCUGUCCCAGGUGGGCUUAGGGGGGCAGGGGACUGUGUCUCAGGUGGGCUU